AUGUUAAAAAGAACAUUUUUAAUAAAUUCAAAUAAUUUUAAAACAUUAUUAUCAAAAUGUUCCUCAAAUAAUAAUAUUAUUGGAGCUACAUCUAGCAUUAAUAAUAAUAAAAUAGCAACACCAAUAACUACAACUAAAAGAUAUUAUUUUAAAACUACAUGUUUACAAAAACAUAAACAUCCACAUGUUGCCAAAGUAUCAAUUGAAGGAAUUAAACAUAUUAUAGCAGUAUCAUCGGCAAAAGGUGGUGUAGGUAAAUCAACAUCAGCUGUUAAUUUGGCUUUGGGAUUAUCAUCACAGGAUUUAUCCGUUGGGUUAUUGGAUGCCGAUGUAUUUGGACCAUCAAUACCUUUAAUGAUGGAUUUAAAGGGUCAAGAGAAACCAUUGGUAAACGAUAAUAACCAAAUGGUCCCAUUAAUUAAUUAUGGUAUUAAAUGUAUGUCUAUGGGCUUCCUCGUUGAUGAAGAUGAUGCAAUUGUUUGGAGGGGUCCUAUGGUAAUGUCUGCAUUAGAAAAAUUAUUAAGACAAACAAAUUGGGGGCUUUUAGAUGUUUUAGUUGUAGAUUUACCACCAGGUACGGGUGAUGCUAUCUUAACAAUGUGUCAAAGAGUACCUUUAUCAGGUGCUGUUAUCAUUUCAACUCCUCAAGAUGUAGCUCUUGCCGAUGUUGUUAGAGGUGUAAAUAUGUUUAAAAAAGUUAAUGUACCAAUUUUAGGAUUGGUUGAAAAUAUGUCCCAUUUUAAUUGCCCACACUGCCAUGAAUCAACUCAUAUUUUUGGUAGCGAGGGUGCUAAAAAAACUGCUCAAAAAAUGGGUAUUAAUUUUUUAGGUGAUAUCCCAAUUCAUUUAGAAAUUAGAGAAACAUCAGAUAGUGGAAAACCAAUAACUAUAACCCAACCAAAUUCACCACAAGCUAAAAUAUAUAAAGAUAUUUCAAAAGAAAUUAUUAAACAACUAGAAAUUUUAGAUAAUCAAAAUAACGAUAGUAAUAAUCAAAAAUCACCACCAAAUAUUGUUAUUGAAUAA